GGUUUCUGCCUACUGCGCAUCCAACUACGAGGUACCGCCACCAACUCAACCUGGCAGCUAGAUUGAAACACCAACAAUUGGAGCCAGCUCCGGGGGCCGGCCGGCAACCUUCUCUCCAUCACUCAGCAGCCUCUGUCCCUCCAGCCAUCCAGUCCAAUCCACACGCCCCUGGGCAUCUGUCGCCGCAGGUUUCUAUUUCUAUAUUGGCCAACAACAACACCGCGCGCCUCGCGUCUCGGACUUCCCCCCACCCCGUCCACCAUCUCUCCUCCGCUGCCGGCCCGAGCAGCUCCAGCACCUCCCCUCCUGCCGCUGCCGCCGCCGCCGCCGCCGAGUGCCGGCCGGCCAAGUCUGCGCCAUGCCUCCUCCUCGUCCGAGAGCCUCCCUCAAGAGCUUCCUCGCAUCAGCCAAGGCCGCCCUCGUGGCGCCCGCGAGUCAGCGCGCCUCCCCCCUGACCGUCGUGGUCGGCAAUGAGUCCGCCGGUGUGUAGCCCAUUCAUCCCGCCUCUUGCCCCCUUCCCCUCCCCCUCCCCGUACUGCUCGUUUGUUUCGCAAGCAAGGCUUUUAGCCACCCCGCGUGAUGCCUGCGAGGGAGCUGUCAAGUCUCUACGUGGUGGACGGGGUACCACCACCACUACUACGUACUACUACAAACACCGCGCGUGACGGGCGGUUCGGGGCGGCACGACAACUGACUGACGAUUGCUCUCUUCUCCCCCUUCCCUCCCGCUAGACCUUGAUUCGCUCUGCUGCGCCAUCGUCUACGCCUACAUCCGCUCCCACUCGCCGCCGCACAGCCUCCAUGUCCCGCUGUCCAACUUGCCGCGCGCGGACUUCGGCCUGCGCACCGAGAUGACUGCCGUUCUGCGCCGCGCCGGCUUGUCCCCCACGGAUCUCCUGACCUUGUCCGAGUUUCCCCUGCCGUCCGCCGCCGCCGCCGCCGGCGCGCCGUCCGCCAGCUCCGGGGUCGGCGGCGAUCGUGCUGGUGCUGCUAGUGCUGGUGCUGGCGGGCUCGCGCCCGAGGACACGCGCUGGGUCCUCGUCGACCAUAACGCCGUCACGGGCCCGCUCAAGGCCGCGGGCUAUGCCGCCCGCGUCGUGGGAUGCGUGGACCACCACGUAGAGGAGCACCAGGUCCCACAGGAUUCCGCCCCGCGCAUCGUCGAGCCAUGCGGCAGCUGCAUGAGCCUCGUGGUCGACGAGUGCCGCGCCGCAUGGGACGAACUCAGCCAGCAGGACAGCCGCGGGGACCAUGACCUCGUCCGGCUGGGGCUCGCCGCCAUCCUCCUGGACACGGUGAACCUCACGGCCGAGGCAAAGGUCAAGGACAAGGACGUCCGUGCGGUCCAGUACCUCGAGUCCAAGGCGCGGGACGACGGUUUCUGCAGGGAUGAGUACUUUGAGGACAUAUCGGCCGUCAAGGAGGACAUCUCCGGCCUGUCCUUCCGCGACAUCUUUCGCAAGGACUACAAGGAGUGGGAGGACGGCGGCUUAACCCUCGGCGUGAGCUGCGUCGUGCAGGACUUUAGCUACCUCCUCGACAGGGCCGACGGCAGCGCCGCCGCCUUCCUGCAGCACCUGUCCUCGUGGGCCAAGGAGCGCAACCUCGAUGUCGCCGCCGUCAUGACUACUUCCCACCCGAACAGGGAGUUCCAGCGGCACCUUCUCAUUUGGGGUUUCAAUCUACGAGGUGCAGCCGCCGCCAACACGUUUGCAGAACUGGCCGGGGACAAGCUCGGGCUCAAACAGUGGCACGGCGGCGAGCUCGACGACGCUCCCGCCGAUGGCGGCGCUGCAGACGAGGUUGCUGCUAGUAGUACUACUGCUAGCGCUGGUCGCGAGCAGAAUACGAGGUUCGCGUGGAGACAGCACGAUCUCGCUGCAAGUCGAAAGCAGGUUGCGCCGUUGCUGCGCGAGGCUAUGCGCAGGGUGUGAGUUUCCUCCCCCUGCUCUCUCUCUCGUCCCCUCCCUUCAACCUCAAGUCCGUGCGCAAACCAUUGUUUGCCCCCGAUCGUUGCCCGUGGACGGCGGCGCACGUUUGGCCCGGAAAGUCUAGCGGAGGCUUCGCCCGGUAGUGGGGAAACUAGCAGCCCUAUGAAGGACGCGGAAACACAGCAAAGGUUUCAACUUGCAGAUCACGACUGUUGCGAAGAGUCUCGGCCAUGCGGGAUAGUGUCAAGUGGUUGUAUUUGUACAGAGGAUACGUACAGUAUAUACACGAUGUACACGAUGAUUUGGUAC